AUGAAGGUACAAAAUUGUGCCCCAUGGGUGUGCUUGGUGGCAUGCGCCAGCCUCAUCAAGGCUCUACUAGAAGAGCCUUUCAUCGCAUUUGAAGGCUCGGCGGGAUCUAUCGAGCUUCAGGGUGCGACUUUAAUCCACGAAGCCAACGAUCCUGUGGGUAUUAGCAUUGCAGUCAAUAGUCUGGCCGGCGACUUCGAGCAGAUCACAGGGACAAAGCUACCCGUCUACGUGUGGACUGCCCCAAAGGGGAAUAACCAAACCGGAGCACUCAAGGCUGGAAAUUCAACGAUCAUGACCGAUGUUGCGAUCAUUGCUGCAACGGCCGAUUCAGCACUUGUACGGGAUCUCGUCGCCAGCGGGAAGAUAGACGUCGAAGACAUUAGUGGGAAGUGGGAGACAUUUCGAACUCAGGUCGUCGAGAGCCCUCUGCCUGGGAUUUCCCACGCUUUGAUCAUCGUGGGUAGCGACAAGCGUGGUGUCAUUUUUGGCAUUUAUACGCUUUCUGAGCAAAGUGGACAGUCACCUCUACAUUGGUGGGCAGACGUGCCGACGACCAAGCACGCCCAAAUCUACGCUAUCAACAAGAUCACGACUCACGGCGAACCCAGCGUCAAAUACCGAGGUCUCUUCAUCAAUGACGAAGCACCCGCACUCGUCGGCUGGUGGGGCCGGAAAAAGAACAACGUCGGCAACUUUACUCUAGACUCCGAGUUGUACGAGCACGUCUUUGACCUGCUUCUCCGACUCAAGGCCAACCUCAUCUGGCCUGCGAUGUGGGCGAGCUACAUCCCCAAGCCGGGGAGAAUCUUCUUCACGGACGACCCGCGGAACCAACAAUUGGCGGAUGACUACGGCAUUGUCGUGUCUACUAGCCACCAUGAGCCCAUGCAGCGGGCAAGUAAUGAGUGGAAGAAGGAUCCGAAGGGCGACUGGGACUGGGUUAACAAUAAAGAGAACGUGGUCGCUUUCAUGGACGAGGGAAUUCGUCGAGCGGGCAAUAAUGAGUCCUACUUUACACUGGGCAUGCGAGGGACUGAUGACGGUCCCAUUGAUGCAGACGAUCCUAUUGCCGUCCUUGAGGAUGUCUUCGCUACAGAACGGGAGAUCUUGGCAAAGUACCACGGAAAGGUUACAGCGACAAAUCAGGUGUGGACUAUAUACAAAGAGGUUGCCACGUACUAUGCGGCUGGCUUGAAACCUCCCGAAGAUGUGACCUUGAUGUUUACUGAUGAUAAUUGGGGAAACAUUCAACGACUUCCGACCGAGGAAGAGAGUGAGAGAUCUGGAGGCAUUGGCGUCUACUUCCACUUCCAGUACGUUGGCAAACCAAAGAGCUGGAAGUCUCAAAACACGAACAACUUUCCCAAAGUCUACAAAGAGCUAUCUCAGGCCUACGAGCGCGGUGCGCGGCAAAUCUGGGUCAUGAACGUAGGCGACAUCAAGCCCAACGAGCUACCGCUAUCCUUUGCCAUGGACAUGGCAUGGAAUGCGAGCAAGUUUGACUUUGCCGAAAUUCCCUCCUACCUGACGGCACUCGCAACUCGUGACUUUGGUCCAGAGCACGCCGAAGAGAUCUCUUCCGCGCUCAUGACCUACAGCCAUCUGGUCGGGAUGCGCAAGUUUGAGAUACUUCAGCCCACGACAUACUCCAUCCUCAACUACCGUGAAGCAGAUCGUGUUCUAAAGGCCUGGGAGCAGCUGGCAGAUAAGGCCCAGGCUCUACACGAAGCCGUGCCGGAGGAUCGCCGCAUCGCGCUGUUCCACCUCCUUACGUACCCUGCCCUGAUCGGAUAUCACUACCAUUUCAUCGUGAUCAACUCGGGGAGGAAUAGGCAAUACAGCUACGAGAGGCGGAACUCCGCGAACUUGGUUGCCGAACAGGUUCUCCAGCACUUUGACGAAGACUUCGGCCUCACAGAGGAAUACGAUACCAUGCUAGACGGUAAAUGGAAAGGCCUGCUCACUACACCAAAGUACGACAUGGACCUUACCGACUGGCGGCCCUCAUCCAGCGACGUGGUAGCCAACCUUUCAUAUGUCCAGCAGCGGCAAGCAUUCGACUGGGGCGUCGGCGAACUCGGCAUCUACGUCGAGAAUUCUCUCAGCGCAUACCGUCAAGGCCGUAUCUGCGGAUCCAUCCACCCAGCACUACCAACCGACGAAGGCUUUUCUCCGGUCCUGCCGGCCAUGGAGCCUCACGGGCCAAAGUUCCGGCUCAUUGAGCUUUUCCACCGCGGCGACCACCGAAAGCCCAUCAACUGGACGCUGGAGGUUCCGUACCCUUGGGUUCUUGUGACCACUACUUCUGGCAUCUUGUCCGACGACAAGUCCGAGGAAAGAAUCGAAGUAUCGAUCGAUUGGAGCUCGGUGCCUGCCGACUUCAACGAGACUGUUGCAAUCCGCGUGGAAUGGGAUCCGGCUCCUUACUUUGACCUGAUCCAUAUCCCUGUGCUGAACCACCAUGCCCCCGAAGACUUCGUCGGCUUCCCUGAGACAGCCGGCCUUAUCUCCAUCGAAGGACCCCACUAUCAACGCGCAUCAGCCGAGUCUGAGAUUGGCACCGGGGUAGCAUUCACGCACAUCAAGUACCUUGGCUCCCGUUCCGAAUCAGGAUCCGUCGCUCCGAGACCGUUUACUGCUGCUAGACAGUCCAGCGAAGCAGCCCGUACUGCCUGGGUAGAGUAUGAUAUCUACAUCUUCUCCAACAUCUCAAAGGCAAUCAACGCCACGGUCUACAUCAACGGCGCACUCGACACGGACCCAGACCUCCCUAUGGAGUUCUCACUCACACUGGCGGAUGACAGUAAUGAGAGUGGCGGCAGUGUGAACUUUACACGUGUGCUUGGCGAUCCUGCCACGCCGGGCGAUACACCUCCGGAAUGGAACGACAAUGUGGCGGAUCAUGUGUGGACGAAAGUAGUACAGCUGCCAAAUUUGAGCCCGGGGAAGCAUACUCUUCGUUGGCAGGUCAAUUCGCCAGAGGUCUAUCUUGAGAAGAUCGUGUUGGCGGUAAAUGGGACUGUCGCGGGGAGUUAUCUUGGGCCGCCAGAGACUGGGGUCAGAUUCUGA